UUAGAAUGAAAGUAAAAACGUAGAACGACGGAAAAUUGUGAAAAAGUGCAAAAAGUUCUUCUUGCAAAUAGCGGUGGCCUAGGCAAUUACAAUAAAUUAAAUAAUCACUAUAAAAAUGGAAAUGUUUACGUCACAUUUGUAUGCAACAAUCUGAAUUGGUAGUGCGGUCGAUUACGAAGUCGCAGGAAUGAAAAUGCAUCCAGUGUGAAAAACGAAAAGUAAAAGAAAAUUCCUCCCAACAACAAAUGCAGCAGUGGCAAAGCAGCGCUGUCGGCCGCGCCUCCAAGCCCACUUGCUGCCAAAAAGAAUUGAUGUCGUGUUCAAAGUGUUUUCUAGCAAAAUAAUCGUGAGCUAUUGCAUAAAAAUCCACAGAAAUAUUCUAAAUCAGCUAAAACAAAUCAUUUCAAGUGUUACCAUAAACGACAACAACAAAUAGAACGUGCAAGUGCAUUAACAUUCCAUCAUAUAAGUUAUUUUGUGGGGGUUGGAGAACAUACGGUUAGGGGGGGAGCAAGUGCCGCAGUGCUAGUCACAACGAGUAUUGGUGGGUAUAGAAGGGCUACAAUUUGCUAGCCAAUCACAAAUAACAUCGAAUAAAACUUGCCGCACACAAGUUGCAUCAGCCGUUUGUGUAGUGGGUCAAUACUACAGUUGAUCAUCAGCAAGCUACCACACAUAAACAAUAGAAACGGAGUAAUGGCCGGCCAACUUGAUCCGAAUGUCAAGGACGACUUAAAAACUCAAUUUGUGACGCGCGAGGGCACCUACCGGCUACUCACACUGUCUGAGUAUUCCCGUCCAAAUCGUGUUGGUUACACCAGCAAUCAGAGUUCGCCGCAAGUGCGUGUUUCCAUAGUUUCGCUACCCAAUAAUAACACUUGUCAAAAUGUAGCAAGUGGUAAUGGCAGUGGAGGAAAUAAUGUUAUAGGCGGCACUGUGAAUGGCAACGCGAAUAAUUCAACGACGAAUAACUCGAAAGCAAGCGGUGAUGGUUCUGCUAAUGGCAGUAAUGCCUCCGGUCCGGGAUCAUUAAUUAAUGGACAGCAGGUGACAUAUGGAGUGCCAGCCGCAAUGGAUGCGCGACUAGGAGCGGGCAUAUCAAUGCACACAAUGAUAAAUGGUGGUUCAGAUGGACAGAAUGGACUGGCAAGCCAGAUAUAUGGAGGCGAUCGAAUUUGCUUUAACUUCGGCAGGGAAUUGUAUGUCUACGCAUUUAGAGGUGUGAAAAAGGGAGCGGAAAUGACAAAACCAAUCGACAAGAAAUUCUACAAAGGCACUAAUCCCAGUUGUCAUGAUUUCAAUGCGACAUCAGCCACACCUACUGGUGCGCCGUUGCUCGUAGGAUUCACAACAGGGCAAAUUCAGCUUGUUUCACCACAGCCAGGACCGCGUGAAUUACGAAAGCUAUAUAAUGAAGAACGGCUUAUUGAUAAGACCAAAGUGACAUGCUUAAAAUGGUUACCAAAUUCACCGAAUUUAUUUCUGGCAUCACACGCCUCUGGCAAUCUAUAUUUAUACAACGAGGAUCUACCCUGCACACCGACUGCACCCAAUUAUCAGCCCUUCAAAAUGGGCGAUGGCUACACAAUACUCACCUGCAAAUCCAAGUCAACGCGCAAUCCACUCUAUAAAUGGAUAUUCAACACAGAGAAUUGUUGCAUCAAUGAGUUUUGCUUCUCCCCAUGUGGCUCGAAUUUGGCCAUCGUAUCGCAGGAUGGAUUUCUUCGUGUAUUUCACUAUGAUACCAUGGAGUUGCUUGGCAUUGCUCGUUCCUACUUUGGUGGUUUUUUAUGUGUAUGUUGGUCGCCAGAUGGCAAAUAUAUUGUGGUGGGCGGUGAAGACGAUCUAGUGACGGUGUGGUCCCUGCAUGAGCGACGUGUGGUCGCACGGGGACAAGGUCAUCGCUCCUGGGUGUCAGUGGUGGCAUUUGAUCCGUAUACCACAUCGUAUACCAACUGGGAUGGUGGUGAUUUUUCAGACGACGAAAAUCAAAUGAAUGAAUAUAGUGUUGGACGAGAAGCGCGUUUCUCUGCCGAUUCAACUGCUAAUGGAUUUGAUUUUCCCACUGGAAUGAGCGGUGUUGCGCAUGACAAAAACUCAACACCGAAUAACUUACGGCAACGGCCACACUCAGCAUCUUUUCGUUCAGAUGCGUCCUCGUCGGCGGCAUUAGCGCCUGAUAAAUUGGCAAUCAGCUACCGCCUUGGUUCCGUCGGACAAGAUACACAGAUUUGCCUGUGGGACAUAACAGAAGAUGUGCUACGGCACCCGCUGUCGCUGCGCCAGCGAGUCAAUAGCGUAAAUUUAAAUGACACUAGUUAUAUGAACGGCGGUAUAGAUGCUGAUGGCAUCAAAGUGAUACGGCCAAUAGCCAUAGGUAAUAUAUCGGGAUCCUAUCCGGCACCCCAAAAUGCCAGCAGUCCAACGAAAGAAACGGUAGGGCCUGAGAACAACAGCAACAGCAGCUCAAGUAAAUUUUCCACGGCGAACUGCACCAUAUCAUCCCAAUCGUCGAAUGCCAACACGCCACCGGAUGAAGCUGGACCAGCCGGCGCAAACCCCAAUGCGAACAGCAACAGCAGCAAAGCAAACAACUCAAACAAGGCGAACGCAACAGGUAACUCUAUAAAAUUUCCAAACUGCAUCAGUGCCACCAAAUCGGGCUCCAUUGAAGGCAACAUCAAGGACAACGUUUCCACCUUCUCCACGUCCGGCUACAACAGCAAGAACUCGAACAGUUCCACCAAGUCUUCAGAUUCAAGCGUCUCAGCAUUCAACAGUCUCACGCAACGAUUGUCGAAUUUUAGCUUUCUGAGCAACUCUGAUAAGAAGACCUCAUCAAUUUCCGGUUCCUUUGAUGCAUCGCAAAUCGCAGCGACGCAUCGCACACAUCGCAAGGGCAUGAGCCUGCUCAAGUCCAACAACCAAGCCAACAGUAAUCACAACCACCAACAAUAUGGCACGGGCAGUAGCACAUCAGCUGGCAUCGGCAUGGACCUCAGUAGCAGCAGCGCUGCCGGCAGCGGCGGGAGUGGGGGCAUUAUCGGCAGCAGCAGCACGACAGCGCAUAGUUUCGGCUCACUGAAGCUGGGUAAAUCAUCUACUCAUUCGCAUAGCUCGUCGCUGAACGCAGCCUCGAAUGCGGUGGUGACUUCCUACGAUCCCAUGAAGCUGAUCGGCACUCCUUCGUGCCCACGCUUUGACGAAUGUCCACUGCUGGAGCCGCUCAUAUGCAAGAAAAUCGCACAUGAACGACUCUCGGCGCUAAUAUUUCGCGAAGAUUGCUUCCUAACAGCAUGCCAGGAUGGCUUCAUCUACACGUGGGCGCGACCCGGUUAUGCGACCCAAAAUGUACCACAGCAUUUAUCACCAAGUCAAGCGGCGCCUCCAGGUGGCACGGUAAUAUAGUUCGAUAAAAUUAACAUAAAUAAUUAUGAACAGAAUCGGAUCAAGAGCAGCCGCAGGUCGUUGGAAUCGCCGGAAUAAAUUUUCGUAAAUAAUCAAUACGGCGUAUACAACAAAAUAACCUAUGGGUAAUUAGUAGCUGGUGAAUUGAGUGAAAUGAAAGUGCAUGCGGAUUACACUUGCGAAUCAUAUAAACAAAAUUCAUAUAAACAACAACAAAAAGUAAACAAAAACAUUUGAACGUCAUUUAAAAUGACGAUGAAUGAUAACUAUAAACCUAUUUUCAAAUAUUCCACUGUAAUUAGCAUAAAUAUAUACAAGCAAAGUAUGUAAAACAAUACUAUUAUGCAUAUUAAUAUAAAUAUAUUAAAUAUUUUUAGUAAUGAUUAAGUCAACUUGUUGAAAGCAAAAAAAAAAAGAGAAAACAUUAAAACAGGAAUACAUACAAAGCAAAUAAUACAUUUAUGUAAUAUGUAAUAAACGACACGAAAAGCAUUGCAAACAAGAGAACCACAAAAACAAAUAAGAAACAUCAAACAAACGGCAGCAGUAAAAAGAGAAAAGACCUAACGAAUGCUAUCAAGCAUUUUAGAGAACAGUACAUACAUACAUACGUUCAUUUGUGCACACAUGUGUUUUUGUAAACUGUCCGAGACGUUAGUAAAGUAAACAUUGUUAUCUUGUGUGCAUGAAAAUUGCUACGGAACUGAAACUUGAAAAGUUUAUACAAAAAUAUAAUAAACAUUAAUUAUAGUACACAUAAUAGAUUUCACAUGCAGUAUAUGUAAACACAGCCAGACACAUAACGAACUCGAUUGCAUUUGGAGACAAACUGAAAAGAUCAAAGAAGAAAUUUUUUAAAUUAAAUAGACAAAUACAUACAUACAUAUGAAUAUACAAACUAUUGUGGAAAAUUUUAUUACACCACUUCUCGGCUUAUAACACAUACAUGCAUAUACAUAUAUGCUAUAAAUAAAAUAGCACACAUUGAUGCAUACAAUAUAACAUAAACACAUAAAAGAGCAUGCAGCUUACUACUUUAAGAUCAACGCCAGCAAGCUUCCCAAACUCCAUCCAAGUAAUAAAUUUACUUUUGUCUAUAAUUUUGCAAAUUUCAUCUUUGUCAGUCAAAAUCUUCGCUUGGAAUAAGGUACAACAGUCUUUUCGUAUAAUUAUAAUUUUCUCCCUAUAAAGGAGAUUUUUGAAUGAGUGUAUAGGUUACUAGCCUAGAUCUAGUUUUUUCUACUACUUACCCAAGUAAUUGCUUUAGCACCAUAACAAGAAAAUCCAGCCGUACUAUUGAAUUUCUUUAUGUAUACAUACAUACCUGUUACCCAGUGUUGAACCUGCUUAAAGAAUGGCCAAUAGUUUCCUCAUACUAGUGCAUCUUUCUUUUGAAAACAGCAUUUUCACUAUUUGUCCACCGCUGUAUUCUAAAAAUUUUCUUUCGCGUACCUCACCUAAAUUGCUGCUUUGGGUGGCUACGCUAAGCUUGCGUGUAAAUGUAUCGUAAAUUGAAGUUCAGAAAUUAUGUAUGUUUCGUAAAUGUUUAACUUUAAAUUUGUUUUACAAGUUGGUUUUUGAAAUUUUUUCGUUCUUGUUCUUCAUGUCGCAUUUUAGUGAAAUGGUUUGUAUGAUAAAACUUUUGUGCAUUACUUAGUUUACAUAUAUUGGAAAACGCUAUGUUGUUAAUGUGUUAAACAUACAUAAAUUAAUAUAUACAUACAUGUAUACCUAAAUAAUAUAUAGAUUUGUUUAUGAUUUAAUGCUAUUACUAUUAUUUAUAUGUAUAUUAAAGUCAUAUCAUUAAAAGAAAAUUUGAUUAGUAUUAGUGCGUUAAACGGCUGAGCAGCGAUCGGGGAUCGCUUUGAAUGGUUGAAUGGAAAUGUUA